GGUUUAGUCCAAAAAUAAACAAACAAUUGGAGCAGUCUUUUUAAGGAGGAAUAUAGGAGCUGGAAUCCCUGUCCUGCCAUGAACGGGUCGUGGAAGCUAGUCCUGCCCGUGGGCUUUGUGCUCUACUCGCUGCCAUUGUUCCUGCGCGUUAAUGGCACCUCCGACUACGUAAUUGAUGAGGAGUUCCACAUCCCGCAGGGAUUGGCUUUUUGCCGCAAGGAGUUCGAUGUGUGGGAUCCCAAGAUAACAACAUUCCCGGGCCUGUACCUGAUCGCCCUCGUCCUGAAUCCUUUGAAUCUGUGCACGGUGACGGGAUUGAGAAUGCUCAGCUUGGCCGGUGCCGGAAUCAAUAUCCUGUUGCUCUACAAGAUCAGGCGGCGCGUCCUAGCCGGUUCGGGGGGUAACUCGUAUGCUGCCCAUGAGGCGAUCACCAUGUCUGUGCUCCCGCCGCUCUACUUCUUUAGCCACCUCUACUACACGGACACCUUGUCGCUGACCAUGGUGCUCCUGUUCUACAACUACUGGCAGCAGGAUGCGCACCUGCCGGCGGCCGUCUUUGGGGCCGCCAGUGUGCUUAUGCGCCAGACAAACAUCGUGUGGGUGUGCAUGGCCACCGGGAUAACUGUGCUGGACACGCUGGUCCAACAAUGCGCUCGGACACGGGGUGUUCCCAAAGAGAAAAUUCGGCUGUUGGGCAAAGAGUUGUGGCUGCAGCUCUUUACCAGCCCACAAUUGCUGUUCAAUUGCAUCCUGAGCAUUUUGGCAAAGUGCUGCUUCUACGCUUCGAUUAUUUUGCCCUUUGUGGGAUUCCUGUGCAUCAAUGGUUCCAUUGUGGUGGGCGACAAGAGUGCCCACGAGGCCAGUCUGCAUGUGCCGCAGAUUUUGUACUUCGUUGUCUUUGCCGCUGGCUUUGGAAUAUCCAAUACCUUGCGCCAGUUUCGUCCAGCAGCCGAGCUAAUUCGCAGAAAUCGUGUGAUAUCCCUGCUGGCGUUGCUGCUGAUCCUGGUUGUGGUGCACCUGAACACCGAAGUGCAUCCCUAUUUGCUGGCGGACAACAGACACUAUACCUUCUAUAUUUGGAGUCGACUUUACGGACGGUUCUGGUGGUUCCGCUACGCCAUGGCGCCGGUUUACCUGCUCUCCAUUUGUGUGCUCUUCUGCGGACUGCGACACAUGCCGGACAGCUUCAAGUUGAUGUUCCCGCUCAGUCUUUUCCUUGUGCUGUGCUUCCAGCGGCUUCUGGAGCUGCGCUACUUCCUGGUGCCCUACAUUAUCUUCCGGCUGAACACACGCUACACUCGCAAGGGAUACGCCGAGUGGCUGGAACUCGGCGUCCACCUGCUGCUCAAUGUCGUCACCUUCUACGUGUACUUCACCAAAGAGUUCUACUGGCAGAACUACCGCUCGCCUCAAAGGAUCAUUUGGUAGUUCCAAUAAACUGCAUUCCCUUUUAAGACAAAACGAAGAUUUUGGCAUUUAAAAAUAAAAUCGCUUGGCAUUUUCAA